UACAUAUAUGUACUGUACAGUAUAUGUAUGUGUAUGUGUAUGUUGGUAGUUAGUAUAUAAUAUAAUGUACUAUUGUGUUAUGGAGAAAUAAUGAGUUUGUAAUGAAAGGAUUGUAAUCCUCUGUUCAUAAAAAAAAUUUAAUUAUAAACAGUACAAUAAAAUAUUGACAUUUUUUAAAAGUGAUUAUUUAUAAACUUUCUACCCCCUGAGGGUCAUUGUUCUCAGACAUAAAUUGCACUGAAUAAUAAAACAAUAAAAUGGUUUUGACUAGACGAGCAACCCACGCCGGAAGUUGGUACACAGAUUCUGGGUAUGAUUUGAAUAAGCAGCUGGGAGAUUGGCUUAAUGCUGCUGAUUUAUCUCAUGGACCUGCUAGAGCUAUUAUUGCACCACACGCCGGGUACAGUUACUGUGGUGGGUGCGCAGGAUUCGCAUAUCGGCAAAUAAGUCCAGUAGUAGUACGCAGAAUAUUUAUACUCGGUCCUUCUCACCAUGUAAGGCUUCCUGGGUGUGCUCUGUCAUCAGCUUCUAUAUAUCGCACUCCGUUGUACGACUUGACAAUCGAUCAAGAUGUUUGUCGUGAGCUAGAAGAAACCGGUCAAUUUGAAUGGAUGGACAUGAAUACUGAUGAAGAUGAGCACAGCAUUGAAAUGCAAUUACCAUUUAUAGCUAAAGUUAUGGAGGAUUAUAAAAAUAAUUUUACGAUAAUUCCAAUACUAGUUGGAUCGUUAACUCCAGACAAAGAAUCUGUUUACGGUAAAUUAUUGGCGCCGUAUAUUGCAGAUCCACUGAAUUUGUUUGUUAUAUCAUCAGACUUUUGUCAUUGGGGGCAAAGAUUUCGUUACACUUAUUAUGACCGUUCAAGCGGUCCUAUUCAUAGAUCCAUUGAAAAUCUCGAUAAAAUGGGUAUGGAUAUUAUUGAAACAUUGAAUCCUAUUUCGUUCACAGAGUAUUUAAAAAAAUACGGCAAUACUAUUUGCGGAAGACAUCCAAUUGGUGUAUUGUUACAGGCGAUUCAAAGUUUCAAAGAAAAUUGUAGUGAUCAAAAAAUGAACUUAAAAUUUUUGAAGUACGCUCAAAGUAGCCAAUGCAACAAUAUGACUGACAGCUCUGUCAGCUAUGCAAGUGCUUCACUGGUGCUCGAGUGACGUCAAACAAUUUCAUCUCUUAACAAAUAACAUAUAUCUAUGCUUAAGUGCAAUGUGACGUUAAAUAAUAAUAAUAAUAAUAAUAAUAAUAAUAAUAAUAAUAAUAAUAAUAAUAAUAAUAAUAAUAAUAAUGAGUUGAGCGCAACUGAUUGUAACUUAACAAGUGAUUAAACGAUUUAUUUGAUAGUCACAGCUUUAAAAUUACUUUACUUUAAGUUACUGAUACUUAUACUGAUCAACUGAAAUUUGAAUAUUUAAUAAAAUGACAACUUAUUUAUUUUUAUUUUUUUUAUUUUU